AAAACUGUUCGACACACAUAAUUCCGAUCGAUCGUGCCGCGGCUUUUCAUGCGGGAGGAAAAGCAGUGUGAACUCCCCAGUGAUACUUUCCACUCGGCACGGCGAGGCUGGCCACGAUGCGCGCCCUCAACCUGAGCAGUCGCGUGCAAUGGUUCAUUAUUGUGAUAAUUCUGUGGGGCGCCACGGUUCUGCUGUCGCUCACAAAUCUCACAUCGUCCGGAAGCAAUAGUAAACACUUGAUGGAGAAUGACUUGCGGAGGCUCAACAGGGCCAUUUCCUACGUCAACAUGCUCGAGUCCAACAAUAAUCACAUCGAGAACCUCCUCCGGGAGCAUCUGGAGGAUGGCAAUUUCGACGAGCAGGACAAGAAGGAGUUGGCGCAGAAGAUAGAGGUGAAGAUAAAGAGUCUGAUAGGCAGCAAAACCCAGAGCGCACCGCCGGCAGAGUAUGAUAAUCUCCUCCGUCGGAUUUACACAAACACGCAGGAGAUGUACAAUUUCGUGAAUGCGGAGAUGAGCAGCAUCAAGAUUCGUGCCAAGACGGCCAAUCCCGAGGUGGUGAGCGCCGUUGACGAGGCGAUGAAGCUGCUGAGGGAGCACAAGGGUUCCCUCCUCACGGACAUCGAGGAUCUGAGGCGAUCGGACGGACACGAGCAGUGGCGCGAGCAGGAAUUCAGGAAUCUGUCGAACCUCGUGCAGCAGAGACUGCAUCGACUGCAGAAUCCCGCGGACUGUAGCAAUGCCAGGAAGAUUGUGUGUCGCCUGAACAAGGGCUGUGGCUACGGUUGUCAGCUGCAUCACGUCGUGUACUGCUUCAUCAUGGCCUACGCCACUGAGCGAACGCUCAUCCUCAAGUCCAAGGGCUGGCGAUAUCACAAGGCCGGAUGGGAGGAGAUUUUCCAGCCUGUCUCGGAAACGUGUGUGGAUGUGAAUGGCAAGACGCACGCCAAUUGGCCUGGGAAGCCCUCAACCCAGGUCCUCACGCUGCCCAUCAUUGAUUCCCUGCAUCCGCGACCUGAACACCUGCCGCUCGCCAUUCCAGCCGAUCUGGCGCCGCGUCUCACGCGCAUUCACGGCGAUCCGUUCGUGUGGUGGGUCGGCCAGUUCCUCAAAUACCUGCUGCGACCACAAGCGUCCACACAGCAGAUGCUGGACACUGGAAUCCGGAAUCUGGGCUUCAAGAAUCCCAUUGUUGGCGUUCACAUCCGACGCACCGAUAAAGUGGGCACAGAGGCGGCGUUUCACAGUCUCGCCGAGUACAUGACAGCCGUUGAUGAAUUCUACGAUCAACUUGAGCUGCGACAGAGUGUUGAUAAGCGGAGAGUCUAUAUUGCUUCAGAUGAUUACAAGGUGAUCGAAGAGGCGCGAUCGAAUUAUCCUCACUACGAAGUCGUUGGGGAUCCGAAUGUGGCCCGAAUGGCGGCCGUGUCGUCGCGCUACACGGACUUCUCCCUGAAUGGCAUCAUCCUGGACACGCACUUGCUCUCUCUCUCCGACUAUCUCGUGUGCACGUUCAGCUCACAAGUGUGUCGCGUGGCUUAUGAGAUCAUGCAGACGCUGCACACGGAGGAUGCGACGCAGCGCUUCAAGUCACUGGACGAUAUUUACUACUAUGGCGGCCAAAAUGCCCACAAUCGGCGCGCCGUGCUGCCGCACACGCCGCGCAACAGUCGCGAGAUUGUGAUGCAGAAGAACGACCUAAUCAGCAUUGCGGGGAAUCACUGGAAUGGCUUCUCCAAGGGCAAGAACACCCGCACGAAUCAAGUGGGCCUCUUUCCCUCCUUCAAGGUGGUGGACAAAGUGGAGGUGGCGGACUUUCCCACGUACAACCAGAAGACGUAGCUCAGCAAA